AUGGUCCAAAGAUUGACAUACAAGAGACGUCACUCUUAUAAUACAAGAUCUAAUAAAAUUAGAAAAACUAGAACACCCGGUGGAAGACUUACUAUACAAUAUCAUCCUAAAGUUGGAUGUAAACGCCGUUGUGCAGAUACUGGGGUUAUUCUUAAAGGGAUAAAACAUGUCCGUCCACAAAAAUUGUCAAAACUUACAAAACGUCAUAAAAGAGUUUCUCGUGCCUAUGGUGGUCAUUUAUCAGCAAAUGCCGUCAGAGAAAGAAUCCUUCGUGCCUUUCUUAUUGAGGAGCAAAAAAUUGUUGCUAGCGUAUUAAAUACUAAAGACGUAACUAAGAAAUAA